GAUGACUUUUGUUGGGGGCCCCACAACUACACGUUGUUGCUUAGCUUUCCUUACUUGCGGUCAACACUUUCGACAGCCACAUACAUGUCAUCCCGGCGGAUCGGACUCUUUCAGCAAAGGCAGCAUUUUCAGAGAGGUAGCCAUAGCCAGGGUGUCUAGAAAAGGCAACUCAGCAUCCUGAUCUUUUCGUAGAGGCAAGAAUUUCGCACAUCAAGUCGACGCUUGCUCCUCUUGCAAUCCGCACAAUCUCCUCAAUCUGAAGAUAGGCCUCACUUGUUCCCAAUCAGCAUCGCAUCCUUGACAAGGUCAAACGGACGCCGCACCUUGGACCGUAUUGUCCAGGCGAACCAAUCAUUCUACAUGGCCACCGAAGCGAUCGUCUUCGGCGAAAAUGGCCGCGGUCUUGAAUCCCGCAUCGCGGCCGGCACG